CGUUAUAGUGGCCCAAGCCAAGAAUAAAGUGCUACAGUGAAGCAUCGGUGAGAAAGGAAAUGAGUCUCUGGUCCUUGGUUUCAUUGAGCCUUUGCGCCUUUGGAGUGACUGCCAUCUUUGACCCUUUUGCUGAAGACAGGAAUUUCUUCUUGAAUACCAAGUCUGAGGAAUUGUGGAGGAUCUUGCAGCUCCCAAGGCAUCUGGGGAUUGCCAGAAAUGUUAUAAUAUUUCUUGGUGAUGGAAUGGGGAUCCCAGUCAUAACAGCUUCCAGGAUAUACAAGGGCCAACAGGAAGGCAAUCCUGGUGAAGAAACUUACCUGAAUUUUGAAACAUUCCCUUAUUCUGGGAUGAUCAGAACAUAUUGUGUGGAUAAGCAAGUGCCUGACUCCAGUUGUACAGCAACAGCUUUACUCACAGGGGUCAAUGCUCCAUUUGGGACUGUUGGUUUAGACUCACAUGGGCGACAUCUGGAUUGCAGCAAUUAUUCUGAAUUAGAUGAAGAUCAUUUGCCAAUUUCCAUAAUGACUCAUGCCCAGAAUGCAGGGAAAAAGACAGGUGGUCUUUGGCGGCGGGAAGCGGAAUUUCCAGCCAAGAAAUUCGGCAUCAGGCAUUCCCUCUUCUUUACUGCGUUCCCUGAACUAAGUCCUUACCGAUGUGUUACGACAAAACACGAAAACCAUAUGGAAUUCGAAUCGGAAAAAAAGAAGCCGGUUUCUGGUGAACCAACUUUGGCAGAAAUGACAGAAGCUGCCAUUGAGUUACUUCAGAACCCAAAUGGGUUUGUCCUUUUGGUGGAAGGAGGAAGAAUUGAUCACGCCUUGCAUUGCACAAACGCAAAACGCGCCAUUUUGGAAACUUUGGCAUUGGAAAAAGCAAUUAAUAUUGCUUUGCUUAGCACAAAUCCAGUUGAUACCCUAAUCCUCGUGGGUGCAGAUCAUUCUCACGUCAUGACCAUCAACGGCUACCCAAAACGAGGAAAUCCAAUAUUAGGACUUGCUGGGACUCAGGCGGAUUAUAAGCUGCCCUACACAACCCUGAUGUUCGCCAAUGGACACUCUUACAAUUACCGCCAAAAUGGCACGCACAUUCUCUGGCGAAACGUGUCGUCUGCCAAUACCAACGAUUUGAAUUUCCGUCAACAAGCUGGAACGUUUCAACCUGAAGGUUUCGAGACUCACGGUGGAGAAGACGUGGCUUUUUACGCAAACGGCCCGUGGUCACAUUUGAUAAGUGGAUCCCACGAUUUAGCAUAUGUUGGACACGUUUUACUCUUUGCUGCGUGUUUGGGCGACUAUGAAGACGCUUGCGGAGUCGAAAACAACGGUAGAUCUAAAAGGACCAAAACGAUGGACAAUAAUGUCAACACCCAAGAAUUUGACACCUACGAAACUCAGCUUUCCUCAAAAGAUAACCUAUACCUGAUGGCGACGGGAAGCGACGACGCAGUUCCUGGUCUCUCCGCUAUCGUCGACGCUGUCCUUGAACUCGACGACGUUGUCGCCUUAUGGAGGGAAAAAAGAAAAUAA